AUGGCAGCUACACCACAAAAGAAAUAUAUUUGUGGAUUUUGUGCAAAAGCAUUUACAAGAUCAGAACAUAAACAACGUCAUGAAAGAUCUCAUACAAAUGAAAAACCAUUUCAUUGUUUAUAUUGUACAAGUUCAUUUGUAAGAAGAGAUUUAUUACAAAGACAUUGUAGAACUGUUCAUCAGAAUCAAAAUUUAACUGGAGUUGUACCAAACUUUUCAAAUAAUAAUAAUAAUGAAAAUAAUAAUAGUAAUGAUUUAAGUAGUCGAGUAUCACAACCACCACAAUAUUCACAACAACAACAACUACCACAACAACAACAACAAUUCAGUAGUCUACCUAUAAGUGGGAGUAGUAGUCAUAACUCCCUAAAUCAUCAUGAUUCGAAUAACACAUUGUCACCUUUAACAACGGCAAUGACUCCUGCGAAUAGUACAAAUAGUGUAAAUAGUGAAUCAUCAUUUUAUCAUGGAAAUUAUGGAACACCUGCUACAAAUUCAUAUAACAACUCAUCAACAGUAACUUCAAAAAAACGAAGAUCAUCAUCAGACGUACAAAGUAGAAAAACUACAGAAUCAUCAUCGAUAACUUCAACUAAUUCUGAUAAUUCACUAAUAAACUUAUUAUCAAUUACUAAAAAAUUAAAAUUCAUUUUGAAUCUAAGCUCUCCAACUACGGCAAAUUCAUAUUCAAAUGAAAUAAUUUAUAAUAGCUUUCUAAUAGGUUAUACCACUUUACAAGAACAAGAACAAAACUUUUUAGUUAUUGAAUCCAUAUUAAAAGAUUUAAUAUAUUAUUUAAGUACUUAUUAUAUAGAUCCUUCAGUAUCUCAACAAACAAUUCCACCACCACAACCAAAUCUUUUUAAAAUUGGAAUAAUUUAUUCAAUUAUAUCCCUAGGGUUUAUAGUCAAUAAUAACUCAAUUAAAUCAUUAGAAUUUUUUAAAAAAUCUUGGAUUUUAUUAAUUAAAAAUUUAAUACCUCAAUAUAAUAAUAGUAAUAUACCAACAGAUCAAAUUGAAAUUUCAAAAAAUUUAUGUUUAUUAUCAUAUAUAUAUAUAAAUUAUGAUUUAGAAAAUUAUGAUAUAAAUCAAGUUCAAGAUUUUGAAUCAAAUCAACAAACAAUUUAUUUAAAUAAUCAAGUUAUAUUAGAUUAUCUAGAUCAAAUAAGUUUUAUAAUAAUAUCAAAUUUAACAGAAUUUUCAAAUCCAAAUGAAAAAUUAAUUGAUUUAAAUAUGAAUUUAUUUUGGAGUACAUUUAUUUUAUUAUCUUUUUAUUUAGAUAGAUGUCCCAAAAUUUAUUCAAUUCUUUUAUAUAAAUUAGUUGAUUCAAAUCAAUCAUUAAUUGAAUUAAUGCAAAAAUUUUGUAAAAAUUCUUUAAUUAUUGAAAAUAAUGAAUUUUUAAAAAAUAUAAUAAUUUCAACUUUAACAAAUGAAUUAAAAAAUGAUUUAAUUAAUUCUCAAACAACAACAAAUAAUAUUCAAAUUUAUGAUAUAAAAAAUUCAUUACAUAAUUCAAUUAUAUUAAUAAAUAAAUCAAUAAAUUAUUUUGAAAAUUCAAUUACUGAUGAUAGCCAUGAUAAUGACAAAAUAUUUAAAAUUUUUAAAAAGAAUCUUAUAAUAAAUUGUCCUUUAAAAUAUAAUGAAUUAUUAAAUAAUUAUAUUUUUUUACCAAAAAAUUUUUAUAAUUGGCAAUUAUUAUUAUUAAUUUUAAAAGAAAAUAUAAUGAAUAUAAAUUUAGAUCAAUUUUUAAAAGAUCAAUUUUCAUCAAAUAAUCAAAAUCAGAAUCAUACUAAUCAAAGUAAUGAAGAAUUAAAUCCAAAUAAUGAUUUAAACUCAUUUUUAAUUAAAUUUUUUGAUUUAAAAUUUUAUAAUAUUGAAAUUUAUAAUAAUUUAUCAAUUGUUUCAUUACCUAUAAUUUUUUUAUCUGAUUUUUUAAAUUUACCAUAUAACUUAAAAAAUUUUAAAUUUAAAUAUAAUUUAAUUCAAAUUAAAAUUAUAAAUCAUUUAAUUUUGAUGUGGUAUUUAAUUAUGAAUAAAAUUUUAAUAAUGUUAUGGUAUUAUGAAAAUGAAAAAGAUCAAUCAAUUAAUUUUUUAAAAUUUGAUGAAAAUUAUAUUUUACAAACUUUAAUUUAUUUGUUAUUAGAUGAUAAAUCUGCUUUGAGUAAUUACACAUCUACCACAACUGCCACUGACUCAACAACAUCUACAACACUUUCAGAUAAAAAUGAAUUAUUUGAAUUUAAUGCAAAAUGGUUUUGGAUAAUAAAAGAAAAUUUAAAAAAGAUUUUUAAAAAUUGGAAAUCAUUUUUAGAAAUUGAAAUUUCAAAUAAAUUAAAUAAGAACCUUAAUGAUAAUGAUAAUGAUUUCAAAUUUAAAAAAUUUUUAAAAUUAAGUAAUUCAAUUAAUGAUUUUAUUGAUGAAUAUAUGACAAUUGUUUAUAAUUCAUAUGAUUGA